AUGUCAAAGUUCUGCCUGUCAACACUUUCCACAGGAGCUACAUCUGAUCAGCUAGAUACUCUUCGAGUCGGUAGACUCGUAUGGUGGAUGUUCAAAACUGCCCACUGGUUGAUCCGCGAAGGUGCCACUGUUGAGAACCGCUUGCAUUUUUGGGAAGCAGCCUGGAUAAUACAGAAGGAGGAUCGUAGAAGACGGAAAGGCAGCAUGAAAGCUGAUGUGUACAGAGUAGCCGAGACAGCGGCCAUUGGACAGGAAAGACGGAGGGGUAUCCCAAAUUCGAGAAGCAUUGAGAUGUACUGUGGGGCAAGUCCAGUGGUCAAGUAG